AUGCUUGGUAGAGAUUUCAAUCAGCAUUCGUCGAAUUUACACUUUUCACAGAUUCGUGGAUGGUCAUCAUCAUUGAAUCGAUCGAGGCUAUUACUAGUGGUGUGUGCUGGUCUCAUUUUCAUUGCUUUUACCUUGAUCAUGAUUCAACUUGCGUUUAAACAUAAACGUCAGUUGUCAUCUUCGAUCGGAACGCUUCAAGAUUCAUUACGAGAAGAAGAAACAAAAACAACAACCUCUUCUUCCUCUACUAAAUCAGCAAGUUCAGAACGUAUUAAAUCAGAAAUUCAUAUCAAACAAACAAGAGAAUUUUCAAGUCGAGAAAUUUUACAUUCUCAACAACAAGCCACAAAACGUUCAAAUUUCGUGUGGUCGAGAUAUGUACCACCUAAAAUUCCAAAUUCAUUUUCAAAAUUUGAAACACCACUGAUACGACAUGACAUGGUUGAUUCAAGUGUUAAGAAUGAUUUUUUCAAAAAAAGCAAAAGUGUGAAUAGUGGAACAUCAAAAUCUUCAACAAGCAUUGGAGGAGCUCAAUUAUUCAAAAGUGAUUUUAAAUGUAUACGUUUAAGACCAGAUUCAGAUUUUGCAAGAGAUCCACAAUUCUUGUAUUCAUCGUGUCGAUUUGAAAAUGUGUGUAUGAGUCGAAAGGGAAAUUGGUUUCUCUUCAAGAAUGUCUUUAAUCGAGAUGAAUUGAAUGGAAAAAUUUGGUUGAGUACAAGUGCAACAAAGAAACAUGAAUUUAAUCCUGCCAAGAUGAGAAUGUUUUUGAAGAGUCCUCCUAAGGAAUGGAUCAUUUCACAACAACCCACGGUCGAUGAGCAGCAAGAGCCACAGGAUUUGGAGAAGAAAGAUACGGAUGAAAACUCCAAUACGGAUCAAAUUCUUAAAAUUUCCAAAGAUUUCAAAUGGUUUUCCACACCAGUAUUUGGAUUUUCUAGACAUUCUUCAGGAAAUGCAGGUCACUUAAUUUUAGAUAAUUAUUUAACACUUUUUAACCUGAUGCUCGAUUUUGAGUAUGUCAACACCAAUAUGGGAAUUUUAUUUUUCGAUGAUAUUUUCAAUGAAGAGACUGGCAUUCACGCACGAGCGAAUAUGGAUGGAAAUUUAGCAGAAAGUAAUUCCUUAAUUUGGGCAAAAUAUUUUUCUCGGUACACUCCACUUCAACUCUGUAAGGAUCGUGUUGAGGGAUAUUCCAUUGGACAAGCUCCAUGUCGACAAGAAGUAUCGUCGUCGUCCAUGCGUCCAAAUGCACAACAACAACCAGGCAACACUGUGAAAUCGUUAUCACGACAAGGACAAGAGCUCGCACAAAAUGAUGAAAUGGUCGCUUGCUUUUCCAGUCUCGUCAUGGGCACUCCAGAUUCCUAUCUCUUUGACCUGUAUCGGAGAGAGGCCAUUUUACCACUUUUCAGAAAUUACUUGUUGAAUAAUAUUGGACUCUUACGACCUUUGAAUGAUUUGAGAGGAGAACGAUCAAAUAAGAAGACGCUCUUGGAUCGAAUCAAUCACAAAUAUUCUCAAUCUGAAUCACAAGAUUGGUAUACUUCCAUUGAAAUUGUGAAUUUGAAAUUGGAGAGCAUGUCGUUUAAGGAAAUGUUUCACUUCUUCCGAGAUCUCAAUGUAUACGUUUCAACACAAGGAUCAGCUUCUUACAUGUCUCUUUUCAUGUUACAUCCAGAAGCUACUUUGGUAUAUACUCCCAUGUGUUAUCGAAAAGAUUUACAAUGUUCAGAUUAUAACAUUCGAUUUCAUGAAGCAUUGAGCAAUGUGAGAACAAUUUCACUCAUUCAACAUUUGGAUAUGAUUGAAUGUGUUGAUCCUUCUCAUGUUUCAAAUCAGAAUGAUGAGGAAAUCUCUAGCACGAACCAAUCAUUGGAGGAUGAAAUUGUACAAGGUAACAAAGAGAGUCAUCGAAAGGAAAAAUCGAAGCAAACAGUAGAGGUCAGAGGUCUUGCUGUAAAGCAAGCUCCUGUCACACGUGCUUAUUACGGAACUUGUCAUGAAAGAAUUGAUCCAGUCAAGCUUUUUCAAUUGAUUUCACAAAUUGUUUCAGAGGAUUGA